ACGGGCGGUCCGGUCCACGGCCCAGGGGCGAAGGCCGCCUGUGAGAUGGCUCUGGCGGCCCUAGCGUGCUGCAGUCUUGGGAUAUGGGAAGCUAGGGGCUCGAGCCCUCCCUAACCUUCGCCAUGAGCUUCCUGGUCGACUCCAGCAUCAUGUUCACCUCGCAGAUUUUUUUUUUUGGAUUUGGCUGGCUUUUCUUCAUGCACCAGUUGUUUAAAGACUAUGAGGUGCGCCAGUACGUCGUGCAGGUCAUCUUCUCUGUGACCUUCGCCUUCUCCUGCACCAUGUUUGAGCUCAUCAUCUUUGAAAUCCUGGGCGUGUUGAACAGCAGCUCACGUUAUUUCCACUGGAAGAUGAACCUGUUUAUAAUUCUGCUCAUCUUGGUUUUCAUGGUGCCUUUUUACACCGGCUAUUUCAUUGUGAGCAACAUCCGAUUAUUGCACAAACAGCGACUGCUUUUUUCCUGUCUUUUGUGGUUGACCUUUAUGUAUUUCUUCUGGAAACUGGGAGAUCCAUUUCCCAUACUCAGCCCAAAACAUGGGAUCCUGUCCAUCGAGCAGCUCAUCAGUCGGGUGGGCGUGAUCGGAGUGACGCUCAUGGCCCUCCUGUCCGGAUUUGGUGCUGUCAACUGUCCGUACACCUACAUGUCCUACUUCCUCAGGAAUGUGACGGAGGCAGACAUUCUCACCCUGGAGCGGCGGCUGCUCCAGACCAUGGACAUGAUCAUAAGCAAAAAGAAAAGGAUGGCUGUGGCGCGGAGGACCAUAUUCCAGAGGGGGGAGGUGCACGAGAAGCCAUCAGGAUUCUGGGGCAUGAUAAGGAGCGUCACCGUGUCAGUGCCGGGAAGUGAAAAUCUUACUCUGAUCCAACAGGAAGUGGAUGCUUUGGAAGAACUAAGCAGGCAGCUUUUUCUGGAAACAGCUGAUCUAUAUGCCACAAAGGAGAGAAUUGAAUACUCCAAAACAUUCAAGGGAAAAUAUUUUAAUUUCCUGGGUUAUUUUUUCUCUAUUUAUUGUGUCUGGAAAAUUUUCAUGGCAACCAUCAAUAUCAUUUUUGAUCGAGUUGGGAAAACUGAUCCUGUCACAAGAGGCAUCGAGAUCACAGUGAAUUACCUAGGAAUACAGUUUGAUGUGAAGUUCUGGUCUCAGCAUAUCUCCUUCAUCCUGGUUGGAAUAAUCAUUGUCACAUCCAUCCGAGGGCUGCUGAUCACUCUCACCAAGUUCUUUUAUGCCAUCUCCAGUAGCAAGUCGUCCAAUGUCAUUGUCCUGCUCUUGGCACAGAUAAUGGGCAUGUACUUUGUCUCCUCCGUGCUGCUGAUCCGGAUGAGUAUGCCUCUGGAGUACCGCACCAUCAUCACCGAAGUCCUCGGAGAGCUCCAGUUCAACUUCUACCACCGCUGGUUUGACGUGAUCUUCCUGGUCAGCGCCCUCUCCAGCAUACUGUUCCUCUACUUGGCACACAAACAGGCACCAGAGAAGCAUAUGACACCGUGAACCCACGUCCAGUACCGGCUGCGAGGAGCCAGUGGUACCACAGCUCCAGUAGACAGGGAGAACCAGCGGAGGGCCCGAGCUGUACCCUCAGACCCCGGUGGUGACACAUUCUACCUCCAGCACAUGCCUUCCUCCGAGGACCCUGUGAUAAGUAGCAUCGUCUGGACACGGGAGGAAGGCCACCUCGGGGCAGCACUCAGCAGGGCGCCCGUGUGGGCCUGAGGCCCAUGCACAGUGGGGAAGGAGAUGAGGGCGCCCUGGAUGCCGGGGCAGACGCUGCACCGGUCACACAUCACACGUUGUGAUGCUCCCUUGAGAUCGACUUAAAACCAGAGGUGGUCACACUUCGGCCUUGGGUUCACUGUCAAGCAGUGCGUGGCUUGUGUGGCCUCACAUGAGAGGGCGUCCCCCCUCCAACCUCAGCCCCAUGAAAAUACCAAGAGGUAUUUCUCCUUUCUGGGAAAGGGAUGGUAGACAGCUGAAAUAGAUUUUGCCAAACAAGGCUUUUUGUAUGUCAUUUUUCUUGAUUUCUUUUUAAAUUACUAUGAAGAGUGAACACCUCACCAUAUUGCUCAUGUUUUCUUCCCAUCUGCCUCACGCUGUGAGAUAAAAGUGAGUAACGGUUACAGGACCAAGUCAAUCCUGGGCUGAAACUCACGUUUCAUCUACAUAAAGUAAUAUGCUGGAAAGUUUCUUAAAUGCUUAAAUACAGUGUAAGCAACUUCUGAAUCA